AUGCUGCACCGCGGCCUCCCGCCGCCAGGAGCGCUACAGGCGGAUGACCAAAGGCGCUGCACCGCGGCUCUCAACCGACAGGGAGCGCUGCACCGUGGCCUCCCGCUGCCAGGGGGCGCUAUACAACGGUUGCCACGGCGUGAUGUACGCUCGCCCGGCGUCAUCACCAAUGGUCUUUGGUCACGGCGCCGGGCGGUAACGAGCAAAGAUGGUGACGGCCAGACGGUUGGCUCGGCGGCCCCAAGGGUUUGGGAGCCGUUGCUCUGGUCAGAGCGGCCAUUGAGGGCGGCCUGGGUUCCAGUGAGUUUUCCCUCCCCCCAUCUGCUCAGUGUGCGGGCUGAACUUCAAGGAGCUGAGCAUCGAUGGAGGACCACAACAGGGGGCACAACAAGGAGAAGCGUUAUAAGUGCGACGUGUGUGGCAAAGUCUGGCAGCACCAUUGUCAGCUGGAGAUCCACCGGCGGGUGCACACGGGGGGAACGCCCCUUCAACUGCUCGGAGUGUGGCAAGAACUUCACCCGCUACGACAACCUGCUGCAGCACAACCGCAUGCACUCUGGAGAGAGGCCCUUCACCUGCUCCGACUGCGGCAAGAGCUUCAAGAGGACGGAUCACCUGAAGGUCCACCAGCAGCUGCACACCGGCGACCAUCCCUUACCCAGGCCCUUCGGCUGCUCUGACUGCGGAAAGGACUUCAAGAGGGCGUAUGACCUGAAAGUACACCGGCGGGUGCACACGGGCGAGAAGCCCUAUGGCUGCUCCAGCUGUGGCAGGAGCUUUGCCCAGUCGUCGGGGCUGUGGGUGCACCAGCGGGUGCACAGCGGUGAGCGGCCUUUCACCUGCUCCGACUGCGGUAAAGGCUUCAAGUUGUCGUCGGACCUAAAGCUGCACAGGCGCGUGCACACUGGGGAGCGGCCCUACACCUGCAGCGACUGCGGCAAGGGCUUCACCCACUCCAGCAACCUGCUGGAGCACCAGCUCACCCACACUGAUGAGCGACCCUUCACCUGCGCCCAGUGCGGCAAGGGCUUCACCCGCUCCACCUAUCUGCUGUCCCACCAGCAGGUGCACACCGGCGGCCAUCCCUUCCCCAAGCCCUUCAGCUGCUCCGACUGCGGCAAGGACUUCAAGAGGGCGCAAGAGCUGAAGGUACACCGGCGGGUGCACACGGGCGAGAAGCCCUUUGGCUGCAUCACCUGCAGCAAGAGCUUUGCCCAGUUAUCAGUGCUAGAGCGACACCGGCGGGUGCACACUGGCGAGCGCCCCUUCACCUGCAACGAGUGCGGCAAGGGCUUCACCCGCUCCCACAGCCUACUGGAACACCAACGCACUCACACCGGCGAGCGCCCCUUCACCUGCGCCCAGUGCGGCAAGGGCUUCACCCGCUCCAAUAGCCUGCUGGAGCACCAGCGCACCCACACCGGCGAGCGCCCCUUCACCUGCGCGCAGUGCGGCAAGGGCUUCACAUACUCCUCCAAGCUGAGGUCCCACCAGCGGGUGCACGCCGGCGACCGUCCCUUUCCCAGCCUGGUUUGUGGGCAGCGCUCCGCCAUGGCCUCCCACGUCCUGUCUCACCAGCGCGUGCACACCAGUGGCCAGUCCUAAGACAACCUGUACCGCGGUGAGGCGUUUGACAGCUCACGAGGAUUGCAGCAGCACCGGCGGGCCCACCCAGCUUGGCACUGCAGAUACUGGUUUAUACCGAAGGUACACAAAAAACUGGAGUAACUCAUCAGGUCAGGAAGCAUCUCUGGAGAAAAGGAACGUGACGUUUCGUGCCGGCGGCGAUGGCGACUGUAGUGCGGGGCAAAGAUACUAGAUGCGGGGUGACGGGAGAGUCGGAGCGAAUGACGGGCCCCAAACAGCAGCAGCGACAGUGGCUUCACCUGCUCCCGCACCCCGCCCGCCCUGAUAGCGGCCACUGCUUGCCACUCUGCCAACGGCGCUUUCAAAACAAACCCUCUAGCAUGCCGAGGUCGGAAGGAGGGAGAAAGGUAGAGGCCCCCUUUCGGCGAGGAGAUCCCCUUUGGCGGCGGCACUUGGCAGUGGACAGGAACGGCCAAGGCAGCAGGGCGAUGAUGCUGCUGUUGUCCGAGGAGCGCCAACCUCUUCCCCCCCCCCCCUUCCCCUCUCUCCUCCAGAUGUGGUCUCAUCAGAGCCCUGUACCAUUGCAGAAGAAGUUAUCCUGGGACCCCCUCCUCUCCACCCCGCACUGAUCCCCAUUCCCCGCCUCUA